UGACGCACGGUCGGUGGUUUCCGAGUUCAUCGCGAUGGCUAUCAUGCUCCUUUCUUCGCUGCUUCUGGUCCUCAGCGCCUCAGCUGGGCUCGGGGAGGAGUCGCCGGGUAACACGGCAGCUUUGCUACAGGCAGUUGCAACGAUGGGAAACGCUGUCGCCUACUUCAGCUCGGUCGACGAUCCCAGUGAGAGGUGCAUGACAGCCUUUCGUCCAGUGCUCGAGGAUCACCGAGCGGUGUACGUCUAUCAUUACCAGAGCCAAGAUGGUCAAUCCGGGGGGUAUACACGUGCCUACUGCGUCAACAUUACUGCAACCGAAUCUGGAAAAUUCCUCUUCGGUCCUUGUGACGACAGCGAGGCACCUGGCAUUGCUCAGAUGCUUUUCUUUGACGGCCACAGCUGUUAUGGCGGUAGAUUCCCGCUUUCCGGCACUGACCAAUGCAUCAUGUGGGUGAAAGAAGAGUACAAGGAUUCCGUGUCCGACGAAUGCCUGCAAAGCUAUGACCAGAAAUGCGGGUCCGAGAAGUACAAGCUGUACGAUCGCGAGCAAUGCGCUUAACGCUGUUCGACAGCUCGUGCUCGGCACGGUUUGCGUAAUGACGCAGAAACGUCUGCGGUUUUGUCCGUUUCUGUAGGCUUGAAAAUAAAAUUACUUAG